AUGCCCGCCGAUAACAAUGUGCAGCUUCAAAAUCAGAUAGCGCAAGCUGUCGACGAUGCAUUAAGCACAAGGCGUCAAUUUGGACGUCCUCCAGCAUAUAUACCUGCGGAUCCGGAAUUAUGGAUCUCACUCAUGGAGCGAUAUUUCAAAUCCGCAAAAGUGACCUCAGAUAGUGAAAAAUUUGAUCAAGUAGUACAGAAUCUUGACCCACGUGUAACUGUCGUAGUGCGUGAUCUAGUCGUCAACGUGCCGGAAACUGACGCGUAUGAAACAUUAAAAGCGAAACUAAUGAAACGUUUAGGUUCUACGCAAGAACAGAAAACUAGACAACUUCUCGAGCGUGAAGAACUCGGGGAUAGGAAACCAUCGCAAUUUCUCCGCCACCUUCAAUCUCUCGCGGGUACAGCCGUUACAGAUUCAGUGAUAAAAACUCUGUGGCUAGGAAGACUUCCCCCCACUACACAAGUAGCGUUAGCCGGUCACAGUUCCUUAUCACUCGAACAAUUAGCCGAUGUUGCAGAUACCAUUAGCGAGCUCGGAACUCGCCCAUCGAUCGCACAAGUAUCGUCUACGUCGUCAGAAGGUACGUUAGUUGAAAAUGUUGGACAGUUGGUGCUUUCAUUACGCGAAGAGAUUGCUAGCUUACGAAAGGAGUUCAAUGACAACCGCGGUCGGCCGUCGAAUAAUCACCGAAGAUCGCGUUCGCGUUCAAAAUCGCGCGGUAGAAACGAUGAGAGCGGAAUUUGCUGGUAUCACUCGCGUCACGGACAAAAGGCGUUGAAAUGUACAAAGCCAUGCAAUUAUGAAUCGGGAAACGCUGCGGGCAGUCGUUAA